AUGGGCGAACAGGACUGUGCCAGGCAAUCGAGGCGAGACGGAGAACAGAUCAUAGAUGUCCGUUUGGGGGCCGAGUGUUGGACGCUUGUGACUGAGCAGAGCUUUCACAGAAAUGAGCGAGAGACGCUGAAUGGUGGGCGGGUUUUAACCGCUGUAACCAAGGAGAAAGAAUGCCAGGAUAAUCAGGGUUGGAAUUUGGAAAAGGGCAUGCCCCGUCGUGGGGAUUCGGGGCGCAAGGUUGGACCGGACAUGGUGGAUGACGGCAAGCGUCACCGCGGGCCUUCCAGAAGGGAGGGCACCAUGGGGUGUUGGGGUGAUUACAUAAGAAGGCAAGAUGGGAGAGAUACUUGCGGUGAUGCUGUGUUCAAGGCACUGUCACAUGUACCGACCCGCAUCCCACCUCAUGUCACUGAUGGCAGCGACGAACCAUUCAGCUCAGUAAGGUACCAAGGAAAAACAUGGGACAAACACAUGUCAUCGACCAAGGUCCCUUGCCUUUUGAAAGCUUCUCAAAGCUUGCAGAAGCAGGGUCGGUAUGGCCAGUCCAUGACUCCAUCCACUGAGCAAAGGGCCAAAGGCAGAGAGAGUGUUGCCGAUGAUCUAUCUGCCCAUGUCGAUGAUGGGGAACCGCUGCAGCAUGCACCUUACACACCUUCACUGUUUAGGGCUCUCGGACUUGACGCCUUCAAAACGUCCCUACUUGCCUACUCCCUGCCCAUGCCGUGGAAAAGCUCUUUACAGUUCCCACUUGGCGCUGAAGAGUAA